AUGAGCAGUGUUAUCGGGGCCGCCUGGCGAAUCUCAUGCACGGGGCUCCGGGCCUCGAGUGGGCUGCCCGCGACAUGUCGUCCUGUGUGCCGUGACCUCCGCAUACCUCCGCAGUGCUUGUCCGGUAGCAUAUCCAAGCCUCCAUUCGGGUCACUGAACUCUCUAUUUCGAACAGAAUCUCGUCCAACUGUACCUCCAAUUUCCCAGAAAUGUUCCGUGGCCGCUGUUAUCCGCCGAGGUAAAAAGACCGCAACCUCUCGCAAGCGCGACCCAAAUUCGGCAGAGAUCCUCCCCCAGGAACAACCCUUCUCCCAUGGCGAGAUAGCUGGCAUAUUCGGUCGCGCAAGGAUAUCUACAAAUCUGGGGAAUCGAACCAUAGCGAUCCUGCACGCCCGUCGUCUGGCCGGUACUCUCGACCUGGACCUUCCGGUUGACAUCACCCGUACCGUCACCCAGACCCAGCUCGAUGCGGCUCUGCAAUGGCUUCGCGCAAACCAUCCGGUAGACGAGGACGCAGCGAUUCUCGCACGGAUCGAGAAAGAGGAGCAGGAAGAAGAGGAACGCGCGCGGCAAGCCGAAAAGAUGGGCUUAUACAAACCCCAGAGCGGUUCCUAUGGGGCCGAGCUCGGCAAGAACAAAUCCGUAUACGGGAAGAGUGUCCUUGAAGAGGCUCGGCUGCAAAACGAAAAACGGCUGCUGGAAGAAAAAGAACGCAAGCGCCGCUUGUGGCUGGAUGGAGAAAACGUGGAGCGCGAACGACUGCUGCGCCAAGUGCAAGGAAAUACGGAAUUGCAGCAGUACGAAGAGGCAGCUCUUACCGAGGCCCGUCCUCGCGCGGAUCCUAACGAGCGGCCGGUUCUUGCCUGGCACCAGAAGCAUCACCUCGCCGGUACUCAUAACCAGCCUGAUGCCGUGCAUCUUACCACUUCUCAGCGCCUGCUCGCGCCUCUUCUCUUCACUUUGGCUACUCUCGGCCUCUGCUACUCUUUCGCUCAAAAAUACGACCCCCCUGCGAGACAGGAUCGUCUAUGGCCCGAUGUGCCUCCAGCUGUGGCGACAGUUGGAGCCAUCGUGGGAGCUAACUUGGCCGUUACUCUGAUGUGGAAGUACAUCCCGCCCGCGUGGAGAUUGCUCAAUCGCUUCUUCGUGAUUGUUCCGUUCUACCCCAGCUCGCUUAGUAUACUCGGGGGCGUCUUUAGCCACCAGACAUGGAGGCAUCUGAGUACGAAUAUGAUGGUUUUAGCACUGAUGGGGACUAGAGUUCAUGAUGAAAUUGGCCGUGGCAAUUUCCUUGCCAUCUAUCUGGCUUCUGGUGCCAUUGGCUCUAUGUUUUCAUUGAGCCGCAGUGUUGUUUUGGGCUAUCUCGGGAUGUCCUCUUGCGGAGCCAGUGCCGCAACCAGUGGCAUCGUGGCUGCAUGGUGCAUGUAUCACUUCAAGUAUGUCGUCUAUUUACCCUACUUGUUCAUCGACCAAGACAGCAUGACUGACCCUCUGACCCAAAGUGACAAAAUCACGAUGUGGAUUCUUCCCCAUGAACUGCGCGAAACCAUCUGGACCCAAGGCUGGAUCUUCUUCGCGUGCCUGAUCACCACCGAGGUCUUUGGCAUGCUGGCCUCCGCUCGUUUUCUACGGUUCUGGCCCUUGUCCCGACUCAGCAAGAUGGAUCAUAUCGCGCAUCUGGGAGGAUACUUGACCGGUGCAGGAUGUGGGUAUGCCUUGUUAACGCAGAAGCAGGCCAGAGAGCGCGAGAGGAAAGCUCGGGAGUCCAAUUGGUUAGAUAAUCUGGUGCGGUGA